UCCAUCCAAUCGUCUCUCUCCUCUGUUUCCACAGAUUUGGAUUUGCAGGAAGAUCCGCGUUAAUUCAACUUCAAUCCCUCGAUUCCUUGCAAUUAAUGGAUCCUAAAGCCACUCAGUUUCCAGUGAAAUCUCUUGCCUCUAAACCGAAAUUCACCCGAAAGCCGGUAUCCGAGGCACCCCAAAUCCCCGUUCAUCAACCAACAAUUUCCAGGCAGAAACGAGUUUUCGGAACUGUUCGGAGCUCAAACAUACCAAUCAAAACGGUGAAUGAAAAGCCCUUAGCUAAGCCCUCGAAUGGGGCCGUUAAGAAGCAACUCAAAUCGACCCGAUUAACUCAGAUCGCCGUCAAUGUCACUGCUGAUCAGAAGAUCAAUGAAAAACUAAAUCCGAGGCAGAAGAAGAAGAGCCCUGGCAUCAAACAGCCAGCUUCAGGAACGGCCCUCAAGGAUCUGCGUGUUGAGAACGACGUCGUAGAGCCUCAGACACCGGUGGCGGUGCCUCGCUUGUUGAAGUUGAAGAAUGGUGGCACGCCUUACCAUACUGCGGAGAAAUGCAGUAACUGCCGUUUUGACAAGAUGGAGACGUCGUCGUAUUGGGUUGCUCAGAUCAAAUUGGCUGAGGCCGUGGGGAAGCAUUUUGUGUCAGCUGAUUUCUUUCGCCUUGCUUAUGUCUGCAACGCAGAGCCGAUAAGGAACCUCAAAGUGGAGCUAAAGCGUUACUUGACAAGGCAUGAGCAUCUAUCUGCGCACACGGAGUGGAAAGACGUGAGUCUCAGCUACGGCUUACUUCAAGUUCAAGAUGACAACAAUGGCGGCCGCCAGAACCCGUCCAUUGAAAUCAGUGGCAACGAACUCAAUAAAGAUCAGAUUCCGGCAACCGAAUCUGGGACACCAGAAAUGAGUAGCAGUGAUGUGGAUCAAGAUGAUAUUGUGGGAACAGAUGUUGGUGAGAUGGGAACCGAGACAAGCAGAAGCCAAAGAUGGGCAGAUUCUGCGUCUUUGGAAGCAGGACUGAGCCAUCAAAGUUGACAGCCGAACAUGAUUUGUUGAUAGCCAUUGUUGUUUGUUGGUUGUGUUGUAUAAAUAUGUUUAGUUUUGCCCAAUUCACACUACUUGUCGUAUACUAGGCAAAUGAUUUAAAGAUUUUUUAAUGUUAUUCAAAUGAUAUAUUGUUGUAGUUGCUUAUUCUAGUUGGUAUGGUUUUAGGUUCAACAAAUCAAAUCCAUGGAACCAAUAAUUGUUACAUUGGUGAUGCUGUGAUGGUAGAAGAACAGGGAGGGGUAGAAUGGAGAUAAGCCUAAGUUUGUUUGGAAUUGAAAUCAAGUUGGGCCCAUGAGGAAAACUAUAGGGCAUUGUAGUGU